AUUUAGGUCCAAGCCAUGAGAUUGGGCUACUUCAAUAGGGUUAGUCCAUAAAUCCAUUGGGCUAAGAGAAGUAGGGUGGGCUGGACAGUUGAAUAUGUGGUGGGUAUCAUGGGGACCCUGUCCACAAGCUGGGCAUAUAUUGGGGACGGCACGGUCUAUGCUGCAUUCCGAUUUCAGUUUUGCCAGAUCAACUCUUGUUUUCCGCGGCAGGUUCUUCUCCAUUUCUGCUAUGGGCGGUGGGCGACCUGCAGGAACGACAUUCAUCCGGUAACCUGAAACCGCGGUAUUAAUUUCGAUCAAAGCUGCUGUAUACGAAUUCCGAUCUAAGGGAUCUUGAACAUAACUUCGUAUGCUCUCUUUGUAUACACUAAGGUCUUUCCUGACAUGCCUCGAGGGAGCAUCGAACUGUAUGAUGUUAAAUCGGGAUGACUUCUCCAUGACAUCCUGGUGAUAGCUUCAGGUUACGUCCAGUGAAGAAGUUGUGUAUUUCUCCGAGAUAACCAUUCACUCGAUCGCAUAGCUCAUCAAUGAUUUUGCCCGUCGCCCUAAUGGUACAUACGUCCGCAUAAUAUAUAACUUUGACACCUUGUGGAGGUGUGGGUAGUUUAGAGAGGUAGAAGUUAAACAAUAGGGGGAUAAGACGCCGCCUUGUGGUACUCCCUGUUUAACUCUACAAGUUUUGGAACAUUUGUCUCUAACCUCAACGAACGACUGACGGCCACUCAGAUAAUUUUCAAUCCAUCUAGAAGAUGUUGGGCAUGGUGACUGCAGAAUGGCCUGGAAGAGUGUGGUAUGGCUUACUGUAUCGAUGGCUUUCGAUAAGUCUAGCGCCACUAGGAGUGUCCAUUCUGUUGUUAGAUGGCAAGACAGCUGGGGGAGGAGGGGAGCCUCAAGAGUCUUCGCGACUGGUGACAGGAGGGAAAUCGGCCUGUAGGAUUGACCCUCUCUCGCGUUCUCGACUCCCCGUUCGCCAAGGUGGUUCAGCAUCAGCAUGGAUAUGCCAUCGGGCCAAUCGCCUUAUAUGGUUUGGCUGUGUUGAUGGCCUCUGCAACUUUGGAAGGGGUGAAGGGUUGUGAAAUGUCCGAGACUGGAAGGUUGUGAAGUUUGCGAACAACACUUCAUUUUGCCUUAUCUCUCUGGGUGCUCAAUAAAAGGUCGGCGAAAUGCACGCGAGCACCGUUCAGGGUCGGAAAUAGUGGUGUCUGCAAACUUAAUCGCGACCCUGCCAUCCUUCUUCGUCGGGUUGGAGAAAGACCGAACUGUAGUAAGUAGAAACUUACUAACACCUGAUCUUAAGUUGCAGUUCUUACAGUCUCGCUGCCUCUGGUGGGAAGUGCGGCCGCACUAUGGAUAGUCCACCAGCAGGAAUAAAGCGGGCGAUGACAGUUUCGCGGAACUUGCUCUCUGCUUGGUGUACGUUGCUAGGAUCUGGAAGAUCAUUGAAGUUGCGAUCGGUGAAUUCUCUGAAGCCAAGCCAGUCUGCUUUCUUUUGGUUUAUGUAGAGACGUCAAUUUGUUCCGCCAGUGACGCUCUUCUCUGGUCUUCCCCUAGACUCUAGUCCCCAAGGACUAGACGCAUAUCGUCGUCUAAUAAGGUCCUAAUGUCGAGUCGGUAGCCUGAUAGACAACUGGCUACUGGCGGAACGUAGACAUUGUAGAGCUCUAGGUCGGUUUCCCCCAAUCUGACUGCAAUUCCUUGGCCUUCAAGGUAUUGGUCCCUAGUGUUGAGAUCGAGGGAAAGAGCUCUAUACUGCACUGUGCUAUGGAUUAUCGGCGAGGGUUGUUGUUGCUGCCGCUGAAGAUGUUGUGUUUGCUACGGUGGUUGUGAUUGCUGUGGGGAGGUGUGGCGUAUGAUAACGAUGAUGUCGAUGAUACCAAUGAAUUUCGUCGCUGUUGUUGGCAGCAUGGGGCAACAAAAGUCUUUUACCACUCCCGAUGAUGGUUUAGUCCUGUUCCUGAGGUGACACCAGCCCAAACAAGCGUUGCACCGUAAUUGAGAGGACAAAUGGUGCAACCGGUUCUGGCAAACUGUACAGAACCAUGGUCCGUAUCCUAUUGGUCAGUGCCGGACCAAUAGGAUACGGACCAUGCCGAAAGAUGUUGCUCCGUUGGUAAAAAUGUGUCAUUGUUGCUGGGGUUAACAGCCCUUGGCCGAAAAAUUUCGGAUCAUUCCGGUACGUAGAACCGGCUGUCGGGGAAUGGUAAACCAAGAGUCCCAUCGAACGUUUCUGGAUAAGUUCACUGCUAUUGCCGAAAAGAUAACAGAUACAUAAGUUAAUAUGCUUUACAUGAACACCUGUCGUGUUGGCCUUAUUCGACUUGCUUAACUACCGAGAUGCGAAAACAUCACUUCAAUUUUUAACCACGAAUGUGUGAUUCGGCAAUAGGGCCUACAGACGUAAUCAGUGGAUACACUGUGGUCUGGUAUGGACAGAGUAAACCCUAAAUAUACCCUGACAUGGAAGGCAAAUUCAUUGGUAUCACAUUUAUUAGAUACUUUACAUACAUCACCAUUCAACUCUGCACACCGACACACUCAUUGCGGCCAACAUCUGAGUGAGUAAGGUCCGUAUAAGACUACAUCCAUUCCGUAUGAUAUACAUUUGAUACCAACUGAUUUCCAGCCUCUGCGAGAUAUCUAUUAUCUCAGCUACAGCACCGAACUUAUCCCGAAUUAUAGACUUUACCGUACACCAGUCUUUUAACCAAUAUUCUCUUCCUGGGUUUAAACCGCAGCCACCGCGUCAUACCGAAUGGAACACUCCAAUAACCAGGACAAUACAAAUAUGGAAACAUAGCCCCGUUGUAUCAAAUUAUAAUUAUAUUAUAUAUAAUAAUAAUUUCAAUGAAAGUCCGAUGAUACAUUUAGCAUCACCAGUUUAUAAUCCCGGCAAACCGGAUUGCAAUAACACCAACAUAGGGAAGAGUUGGUGUCAAAGGAAUAAGUUACUGAAUGAAUCAAGGGUAUAUGGACCUCGCCAUACCCAUAUACUCGUUUCAUUUUUGUCAGGCGAUUAGACGAAAUAUAUGCAAACGAAAAUCAUUGCUCAAUUACAUAAGAUCAUCGAGAAAUGCUUCAUUAUUGUACCAUAAGAUUAUGGCAUUACCUUUGCUACCUGCAAAUUUAAUAAGAUCUGCAUUUGAGGAAAAAAACUUUGAAACCCAGUGGCUGGAUAAGGUUGGCUGCAAUAAUUUCAGUGUUUGCAAUGAGAAAACUAGGGCGACAUCGGCAGUUGAAGCAUAUAAUGGCAUCCUGGGGCGGUUCGCAGAAAAAAAUGGUCAUUUUUUUAAAUUUAUGGAAAGUGUGUUCCUGCCAGAAAAAAACGUCGAACACAACCAUGGCCAUGAGGAGGAAAUUUAUAAGGAAUUAAAAGCACUAAAUGCGAUAAAACAGGAUUGUCAAAAUGUGGCAGGCGCACUUGGUGGUACAAAAACCAAUAUAAGCACUAUAAGGAAUGCAUUUAGGAAGGCAUGCGAAGGUAAUCAGGCAGAUACAAAAAAUGUAAUAUUUUCGAAACUGCAAAGAGGUUUGCAGAAAAUUAUAAGUAAAAAUUUAAUCACAUCUCCUAAAAAUGCGCUUCAGGUAAUUGAAGCAUUUAACCUGGAAAAUGUAUGGAACGACUUUGGUUUAUCCAAAGAUGAAAUGAAACCUAGACAUUUUUUUACAGCAGCAAUUGACGGUGAAAGUUACUCUUUCUGCUUGUUUUCCUCAUUGAAAUCAAUUGACUUAAUAAAAGAAAAUAUUCCACCAACUAAAAGGACUUACCUAAUUGAUGCCACUUUUAAAAUUGUGCCACAUGGGUGCUUUAAGCAGCUACUUAUUAUAUAUAUUGAAUAUUUUGAAGAGAUUUUUCCAAUAUUUUUCGUAUUGAUGAGCAAAAAAUCUAAAGAAGCCUAUAAAGAACUCCUUCAAUAUAUUCAAGAAAAUAUAUUUGAUAUGGAUCCUUCAAAAUGUGUAACCGACUACGAACAGGGUUUAAGGGCUGCAAUAAAUUCAGUUUUUCCAAGAAGUAAGCUUGUAGGAUGCUGGUUUCAUUUUUGCCAAGCUAUUAGGAGAAGUGUAACAAAACAAAAACCCUUAUUAGAAUUUUUAAGAUCUUCUAGAAAUGCGUCAUUACUUUACCACAAAGUAUUAGCACUACCGUUAUUACCACCAGAUUUAAUAAAGAAUUCUUUUAAGGAUAUAAAAUCUCAAAUUUUUUUAAUGGACAGCAACAACAUUUUUCUACCAUUUCUAAAAUAUUUUGAAAAUCAGUGGAUAAAUAAGGUUGGCUGCAAAAACUUCAGCGUGUAUAAUGAAAAUAUAUGAACAACAUCUGCCGUUGAGGCUUAUAAUGGAGUUAUUGGACGUUCAGCUGAGAAAAAUGGACACUUUUUUAAAUUUGUCAAAGUAAUUAGAGAUGAGGAGUUUUUUAAAAGCCGUCAUUUUGAAAUGAUGUCUGAAAGUGGGGGAUCGGUUGCAAAAAGAAAGAGAAAGAGCAGCACAGAAAAAAAUAACAAAAUUAAGGAAGCACAACAAGGCAAUAUUACUGCUGCUACAUUCCUUUCCAGAAUGGUAUACAUAAAAAACGGUGUAUGUACAAACAUGGUACCGGAAGAAAAUAUUUUUAAGGAAGAAUCUUCUGACGAUGAUUUGUCUGAAGAUUUUGUUGAUCAACCGUCGAAUAAUUACGAAAAUGAAUGUGUUGUUUGUAAAGAUAAAAUACCAAAUAUCGUGCUUCUGCCAUGUAAGCAUUUAAAAAUUUGUGAUGAAUGCAACCUAAAACUGCAAGCUGACGCCAUAUCGAAUGGCUUACAAAAUUACAAUUGUCCACUUUGCCGAAAAAUCGUCGAAGAUUCAAUGCAAAUUUAUAAUUAAUUUUGUCUUUAUUAAUUGAAAAUAAACCUUAUAUAUCUAUAUUUUUAAAUUUAUUUAAAUGUAAUUGAAUUUAUAUAUUUUUGUUAAUUGCUUCCAAUAAAAUAAGAAAAAAUGGAUUUAUAUAUUCUAUUUCUCUUUUUUUUCGUUAUGGGAAAUAAUUGGGGAACAAGUUCAUUUUGGUUGGUUUUGGUUUGCUUACUAGUUCCUUUUGUUGGGGAUUUAUUUCUUUUCGAAGUUUGGGGUUUUAAUUCAUAAUGAAUUAAUCCCCAAAAAAAAAAUCGGGGAAUUAGUUCAUUUUGGUUUGGGGGUUUAGUUCAUAUUGUUUGGGGUUUUAUUUCAUUCAGAACUUUGGGAUUUUAAUUCAUAAUGAAAUAAGACCCCAGUUUUGGGGCUUAAAUUCAUUUUCGGUUUGGGGGCUUCGUUCAUUGGGGGCUUCGUUCGUAUCGCCUUUAUGAAAGAAAUGAGAUUUGUACAGAUAUGGUACCAAAAUUAAAUAUUUUUAAAGAAGAAUCUUCAGAUGAGAAUUGGAAGAAUUAAAUCUUCCAAUUUCAAAUAAUGAAAACGAAUGUGUGGUUUGUAAGGACAAAGCUCCGAACAUUGUGCUUUUACCAUGCAAGCAUCUCAAAAUUUGUUAUGAGUGUAAUAUAAAGAUAAUGACAGAUGCAAUGUCUAAUGGUGCAGAAAAUUAUUCUUGCCCAUAUUGUCGUAGUUCCGUAAAAGAUUCAAUGCAAGUUUAUAUUUAAUUCUCUUUAGCCCAAGAGCCUAAAUCUAUCUAUUUCAUAGAAUUAAAAUUUGUGUUGUUAUU